AUGUUUGAUAGAUUAUUGGAUAAAAUAAGUAUUGCCUCUGUUAAUUUAUUAGCAUGUAACAACCUGGAAAAUUCUAAAAAAAAUGUAAGAGAAUUAGAAAAAAAAAAAAAAAAAGAUAAGAAGGUAAUUAGUUUUCCAUUAUUAUUAAAUAUUCAGGAUUCUAUAAAUAAAAAAAAAACUAUUUUAUAUUACUACAAUGCUAAGAGACAAGAUGCUUUUUUAUAUUUAUUGAAGAAAAAAAAAUAUUCAAAAAUUAAACUUUUAAUAAAUGACAUUAUUAAUACAUAUAAGGAUAAAGAAUUUUUAAGUGAUUUUUCAUUAAAUUUCAUUUAUGAAUAUAUUAAAAAUAAAAAUAGCAUCAGAUUUUUAAAAAAUAGUGAUGUGUACAGUUUAUUACUAAUUUUAAGUCAAGAAUUUUUAAAAUGUGAUAUUAAUUCUUCUUUGAUUAAUGAUAAAAAUACCAAAAUUUUAAAAGUGAGUUGUUUUCUUCUAAGAUAUAUAUGCAUUAAUAAAGCUCAAAGUGAAAUACUUGACGACACUUUUGCUUUAAUAUUUUUAAUGAAAUUGAAUUAUAUUUUUAAUAAAAAAAAAGAAGUACGGCAUAAACAUUUAAAAGGAAAUUACAAUUUUUACUUUUAUCUUUUGUUACUUUAUUAUUACAUUUAUGUUUAUAAUAAUACAAAAAAUAUUAUUUUAUUACCGAGUAGAUUCAUAUAUAAGUAUAAAUAUAACUAUAUAAAUGAAUUAUCUUUAGUUCAAAAAAAAUAUGAUCAUUUAAAAAAUGAUUUUUAUAACAUAAAUAGAUAUGGAACGUAUACAAUUAACGAUUAUAAUAAUUUUAGUAUUUUAGAUAAUUAUCUUAAAAAGAGGAAACAUAUUUUCUUUUUAAAAACAAAUUACAUGAUUAAUUUUAAUUGUUUAAAAGAAAAUUUUAAUAUAUUUUUCAAAUUUAAUGAUAUUUCUAAUGUACAUUUUAUAAUGGACUUAAGCAAAUUGAAAAUUUUUCAAAUGAGUUUAUAUGAAUAUUCUGUAAAUAAUAAAUCUGAGAUAAUAAAUGAUUCUUUAAAUAACUACUUGGAAUUUUCUUUAAAUAUAUUAUUUAAACUUAACAGUAACAUUAUUAAAAAUAAUGAGAAUUUUAUUUAUGAAAAAAUGAAAAAAAAUAAAAAAAUUAAUACUCUAAAAAAAAGGAAUGAUUUAUCAAAUAAAAAAAAAAAUAAAAGGAAUAAAUUACGUAAAAGUAUUUUAUUAAAAAAUAUAAAUAAUAAAAAAAAAAAAGGAGAAAACAAAAUAAUAUUAGCAGAAUUAGUAUAUCAAGUAUUAGACUAUAUAACUUUAAAUGAGAAAAUGUAUUUUAAUAACAAAAGCAACAUAAUUGAAAAUUGUUUGAGUGAAAUAAUAAAUUAUAUUGAAAAGAAAUAUAAGUUAAAAUAUGUCACUAAUGCAAGAGAUUCUAGUAUUUCUCCUAAUGAAAAAAAGAAAUAUAAAGAAAGAAAAAAUUUGAAUAAUGAAGAAAAUGUACUAUUUAAUAUAAUUAACAUAGAAAACAAAUUAAAAAAUAAGAACAAUUUAAAUUUAGAAAAUUUAUUAAAAAAAAUAAAUGAGUUAUUAAAUAUUAUUCAAAAUUCUUCUGUUUAUAUAAAUACAGGUCUUCACAUAAUUUUAAGAAAUAUAUUUAUAAAUAAUUUAAACUCAUUAAAUUUAGAUUUAUUAUUUCUUAUAAAUAUGUAUUCUAAUAAUAAUUUUAAAAGAAAGUUUUUUCAUUACGAUUUGGAUUAUAUACCAUCCACGGAUAACUCAUUUAGUAGUACUACAGAAAAAGAAGGAAAAGAUAACAAUAAAAAUGAAAAUGAGAAAAAUGAAAUAGAAAAGGAGAAUGAAAAAAUGAGUAUUACUUCUUUAUAUUUGCCCUCUCUAAAUUUACCUUCAUUCAAUAAAUUAGAAGAAGAAAAUAAUUUUAAUUCAGAAAUUCAAAAAAAAUCGCAAAUUAAAAAAAGACAAAAUAACAACAUUUAUAAUGAAUUAGCAAUUAUUAUUAAAAUUUUUGCUAAUUGCUUUUCUGUAAAGGAUUUAUGUUUUAACUCAUUUUCUCUGUUGUAUUUUAUGUAUAAGAAUUUACUUCAAAAUGUAAUAAGUAUAUCAUUUAAUUUUACUUAUUUCAUUAGUGCUGAAUUUUUUUUUUUUAAUGAUAAUAUUAACUUUCAUUCUUUGGUAUAUUUAAAAAAGGAAUUAAUUCCAAGCUCUUUAUAUUUUGAUAGCAUAAGAGCCUAUACAAAUAUAAAAUCUCAUUAUGAGUACUUUUUGCAUGAAAUAAAAGAAAGGAAGAAAAAAUUUAAAAAAAUUAAAAGUAUUUUGUUGAAAAAUUUAAAUAAAGGAGAUAAAGGAAUAAAAAAAUUAUGCAAGAACAAAAAAAAAAAAAGAAAAAAUAAUAAAACAUUUGAAUCAUUUUCAGAAGGUGUAGAUAAAUUGUUAAAAGAAGAAAUUUUAGAAAAAAAAAUAAGUAAUAGAAAUACAUUAUAUAAACAGACAAAAACCAAAAAAAAAAAAAUACUAUUAGAUGAGCAUAUGUAUAUGAUUAGUAAAUAUAAUCAUUAUUUUUAUAAUUUACAUGACAGAUUUUUGCCUAUAUAUACUUACUCGAAAAAAUAUAAUAUAUAUAAAAAUAAUAUAUGGGUUAAAAAUACUAAAAAGAAAGAAAAUAAAAAAUGUACAAAAAAGGAAAGAAAGAAAAAAAAAAAAAAAAAGGUUGACAUAGUUUUUGUUCAUGGUUUACGCGGAAGUGCUUUACGUACAUGGAGAUUUUCUAACUUAUAUGAUAACGGAUCAACAUAUUAUUUUUAUAAUAAAAAUAAAAAAUUAAAAAAAAAAAAAGUAAAUAAAAAAAAUCGUACAUAUAAUAAUAAUAAUAUAAAAUUGAAUGAAAUUAAUAGUAAAAAUAAAAUAAAUUUUAUUGAAACCAUAAAAAAAGAAAACGAAAACCCAGAUAAAACAUUUAAUAAUUCAUUAAAAGAAAAAAUAGAAGAAUCUAAAGUAGAAUUAAAAAAAAAAGAUGAACGUCUCACUGUAAAAAACAAUGAUAUGAAUAAUUUAAAAGAAAGAGAAAAUGUAAUGAUUUUUGAUGAAUCGAUAAAAAAGAUAAGACAAUGUUUAAAACUAAAAAAUAAAUUUCAAUUUAUAAUUAAUGAAAAUGUAAUAAAUAUAUUAAUGUUAAAUUACAAACAUAAUCAAAAUAUAUUACCAAUGUUUACUAAUACUAGAAUCAUAAGUAAAAAUGUUUUUAAGUCUGUAUUUUUACAUGAUCAAAAAUUGAAAAAUGAUCUUGAUCUUUAUAGUGAUUUAUUAUCAUAUCAACUAUGGCCUAUAUAUUUAUUAUAUCCUCAUAAAAAAAAUUCAAAUAUAUACAUACUUAAUUAUUAUUCACCACUAUAUCCAGAUAGUACCUUUUAUACUAAAACAUAUUUAAAAAAAAAGAAAAAAAAAAAAAAAAGUAAUUCUGUUAAUAUUAUCAAAAAAAAAGAAACCAAAAACGUGUAUUCCUAUAUAAAUAUAUUAAACUAUUUUUUUAAUAAAAAUGAUGAUGACUAUAAUAAUAAAAAAUAUUUCUAUACAGACAGGAUGAAUUUAGAAGAAUUAUCUAAUUUUCUUUUAAAAAAAUUAAAAAAUAUAAAUUUAGGAAAAAAUAAUGAUAUAAUAUUUAUUGCUCAUUCGAUGGGUGGACUACUAACACAAUAUGUACUUUUAAAAAAUGAUGAUAUUUUAAAUAAAACAAAAUUCAUUUUUUUUUAUGCAUCUCCUCAUUUCGGUUCUCCCUUAUCUUCAACUGCACUUUUAUUUAAAACAUUUUUAUCUCCAUAUGUCUACGAACUUAAUGAUUAUGAUUCUACAUUAAGUUAUUUGCAACACUGUUUUAGAGAAAGAAUCAAAAAUAAAGGCAUCAAAGUUUAUUCCUUUUCAGAAUCAGAGAAAACUCCCUUACCAUUUAUAGGUUUGCAAAGAAUGAUAGUACCCAGCAUUUUUGCAUAUUUAUAUUAUUCUAAAAUUUUUGCAAUUAUAAAGAACUGUAAUCAUUUAGAAAUAAGUAAAUUAAAUAGUGAAGAAGAUAUAAAAUAUUAUUAUUUAAAUAAAGCAAUCAAAAAAAUAUUAAAGAAAGAUUAA